UACAAAAAGACCUUGCAGUCCGACGCCCGGUUCAUUUGCCCAGACCGCAGAACUUGGGCACGAACAUGGCACCGUCCGCGUCGUGGCCCUGCACAAAACUGGUGUUAUGUCUGGUGUUCAUUAGUGGAACGUGCGGACGGACAGGGUUGAAUGCUUCAACGAAGGAGCCAGAAUUUGAAGGAGUUUUGCGGACCAGGAUUAUUAGAGCAGUGGAAAGUUAUGUGACCGACGCUGAAGUGACAGAGCGCCCGCCGUCCUUGAGGAACCUUCUGGACGAGGUGUUCGAAAAAGUGGCCAAGUUGUUGCUUCCGUACGUGCAAGAACUCGCCUACGACGAGAACAUCCCCACGGAAUGUAUGCGGAGUUGGUCCAAGAUUGGGGCCGGUGUCCGGCGUCUCGACUUCUGGGCGCUAAAAUUCAUCGACUCUAUGGGGCGUCCGCCCCCUGGCAUAAUGGAGGGAACAGUUGGAAGUCUAGGCGCCUAUGACGAGUGUCGAAGCAUUCGCGUCCCAGCUGAGGACCCUGGAGUGGAAGACUUUCGUGGACGAUAUUGCUCGCUUUACUUCAAGCCUUCCGGCAUUGAUGGGGAAGGACUGGAACUCCUGGAACGGUUCAUGAAAGAGCAUCCCUUGCUCAGGCACCACCUGAGAAACCUGGGCAACAUUACGCUGAUGUUCAACAGUCUCGCUGAAAGUGCUCCGGAACAUGCGAUAGAUGCCUUUGGAGGAAUGCGUUUCGGCGCAUGCAUUCCGUCGACUUGCCAAGGAAAGGACCUCAAAUAUAUGGCUGAGAAAUUAACAAAAAAAUACGGCAUCGACACCACAGUGCGCGGAUGCAGUGUCGACGGACCGAUACAGCUAACCACCAUUCAGAUUGUUAUGUUCUUCUUGAUAGGCUCGUCGUGCCUCCUCAUCGGAACAGCGUCAGUGUUAGAGCUCUAUCUGAAGCACCGAGAGAAAAAGGCACCCGUCCGCAUGGAGAAGCGACCCUUCAUUGUGCAACUGCUUCUGGGUUUUUCCGGAAUACGAAACACCAGAAUCUUAAUGAAUACAAAAGUUGUGAAGAACAGUGACCAGCAUCGACUCCGUUGCCUGCAUGGGAUGCGAGUGUUCAGCUUUCUCUGGGUCGUCAUCGGACACACCUACUCAGCUGUGGAACCUCAAAGUGUCGGUCGUGGAGAGGCGUACUUGGAAUACUUGCAUGACUUCGUCUUCGUUUUGAUUAUGAACGGAUUCUUAGCAGUCGAAACCUUCUUCUUCAUGAGUGGCUUCUUGACAUCGUACGGGGUGAUCGUCAUGCACAGAAGCGCAUCUAUUUUCAAACUGGUGCCCGUUUCCAUCAUAGUGAGAUACAUCAGGUUAACGAUUCCUGCUUUGGGGUUCGUCGGAUUCUGUUACGUCUAUCCAUUAAUUCCGAGAGGACCCAUCGCUGACGAGUGGCUGUGGUUCAUGUUGAGAAACUGCGACAAGAACUGGUGGGACGUCCUGCUGCAGACAACUAACUACAGGCCAGCACUGGAAAUGUGCAUGCCCCAUCUCUGGUACCUCGGGACGGACUACCAGCUGUUCCUCAUUAUGAUCCUUUUCGUAUUCUUCAUGGCAAAGAAGCCAAAAUAUGGAGUACCACUCCUGGGCAUAAUAGUCCUCGUAUGUUCCAUCGCUCUGGGUGCCAUAUCGUAUGUCAACGAGUACGGACCUCUCGCGUUCACCAGUGCAAGGGGUGUUGACAAGACGCUAAUUGCUUUCAAGGAACUUUACCACAAGCCUAUCACCCAUAUCGCUCCUUUCACGCUGGGCAUCCUCGCUGCUUAUUUCAUCCUGACCUACCCCAACUACAGAAUAGGCAGGAAACUGUACUACACUGGAUGGGUUGCUGCUUGGGUAGGAGGUCUGGGUUGUCUCUACGCAGUCUACCCGUGGAAUAUUGGAGGGUCUUACACUAACCUCGGAAGUUCCAUGCACACCGCCGGCUACCGGAUACUCUGGGGCUUGUGUCUAGUAUGGGUCGUCUUCGUCUGCGGAACCAGGCAGUCAAAAUGGGUGAACGGCUUUUUAAGCCACCCGUUCUGGGUUCCCUUAAGCAGACUGUGCUUCGCUGGAUACAUGUUUCACAUCCUUGUGGUUGCAUAUAAGAUCCUCACUGCAAGGCAAAACAUCUACGUGGACCACUGGAUUAUGGUGAAUGACUUCUUCAGCCACACCGUAAUAACGGCCCUGGUAUCCUACAUCUUCUUCCUGGUCUGUGAAUGCCCCGUGAGCAAUGUGGUGAAGGUCACGUUGCAAAAACUCUUCCCAGAAAUAGAGCGUCCCAACCAGUUUAGCUUUGCCGAUAGUGCUCAAGCGAAGCCGGACAAAGAGAAGGUCUUAGCUAUCGCUGGCACUCCCACUAAGGACGCCAAAAAUGGCCUCUCCCUGGGCGUAUUUCGCUACAUCUCGCACAGUGCUGACAACGUCAAGAGUAAUUGCAAGGCAGAUGUUAAGGACUAUGAUGAUGAUGAGAAGGAUACGGUGUGCUGUCACGUAUAACUAUAUGGUAACCUAGUAUAACCGCGUGCUUCGGUUAGACGAUUGCCAUAGCAGGCUAUGGUUCUCAGGGGCGGAUCUCGGGGAAAGGGGUCCGCAUGGCUUAAUUCACUCCCACUCUGUCGCCAUCGAGCGAUUCGAUAGACCUCAGGUUGUGUAUGUAGCAGGCUAUCCCCUACCUGACUCCCCCGCCACAAAAAUCAUGGAUCAGCCCCUUAUAGUCCUGCUACAUCUGCGUCGGGUAUACUAUAGAAAGGUUCACAAACGAAAGUCACGUGAAUUGCACAUCUGCUAGUUUUUUAGCUCGUGGAAAGCUGUCAGACUACUAGACAGCAACGUAUAUGCCAAAACGUUGAUCGCCAAAAAAAGAAAGAAGUCGCAAGUCACAAAAGUCACACGAAUAGCGUAUUCACAACCGGCAGAGUCAUCGCAAAGGUUGCCGUGUAUAAACUUUCUGUAAAUAUAGUCCGCAGUAAACUGUGCAGUGACGAGACUGCCGUGUCAACGUCUUGUACAUUAAUUGUACAUUGAGGAUUACAGCAGUAUCACGUACUGCAACAUUGUUCUUCGUCUGGGAAGAGAAAAUCCCGUGAAUGUUUGUACUUUUCCUGUUCCUACUUGAUGGAAUAAAAGUAAUUUAUGCUGUA